AUGUAUAGCCGAUCGUGGCACCUCCGGGUGCUACCUCAAUUGCGGUACUUCACGACUCGCUCUGAUGUCCAGGUUGCCCGAGACUGGCUGACAGGUCUCAAUCGCCAGACCAUCCCCCGCCACAUCUGCGAGGUUUCUUUCAGCCGGUCCAGCGGCCCGGGCGGGCAGAAUGUGAACAAGGUGAAUUCAAAGGCGACAUUGAAGGUUCCCUUCGACUCGUUGUUGCCAUUGGUACCCCCAUUGAUAUACCAAUCGCUACGGACCUCCCGAUAUGCCGCCGAGAGGGCCCAAUGUCUGGUCAUCCAAUCCGACGAGGAGCGCAAACAAGCUAAUAAUGUAGAGGCUUGCUUUGACAAGCUCUACCAGCUGUUAAAGAACACUGCCAAGGAGGUGGUCCCAGGUGAGACCACGCAAGCGCAAAGAGAGCAUGUGCAGAAAUUGCAACGCGCUCAGAAUGAGGGUCGCAUCAAAUCUAAGAAACUGCACAGCAAUAAGAAAAGCAGUCGACGGGGAAGCAAGUACGAUGAUUGA